UCCUUCACCUCCUCGCCAUCCCAUCAGGCUCCAUCCUGCGCCGCUGGAAGAGAAACUGGUUCGUCCUCUAUCUGGACGGCAGCUUGAUCUACUACCACGACGAGACGCAGCGCGACAUGGACGGACGGAUCCACAUCAAAUACAGCUGCCGGGACGUGAGGACUGGCCGUGAGUGCAGAGACGUGCAGCCGCCCGAGGGGAAGAGCCGCGACUGCCUGCUGACCGUCGUGCUGCGGGAUGGCUCCAAGACGACGCUGUGCGCCGAGAGCGAGGACGACGCCGUGUAA